CAUUUUAUACCUCAGUUCCUUUUUUCUCUCAAACACAUUUCACGGAGUACCUCUUAGCAGAUCCUCCUCUUGAUCCCUGUAGGUCUCAAGAAAUCUUUAGCUAUUUAAUACAUUUACCAACCUUUUUCAUUUGGAAAACCAUCCUUCUUUCUGGCUGUGGGAGAAGAAUUAAGAUCUAUCAUGGAAUUAAGGGUUGUGCUCCUUGGGAAAACUGGGGAUGGCAAAAGCAGCACUGGGAACUCUAUCCUCAAAGACAAGCUCUUCCAAGUCUCAAAGGGCACGCAAGCUGGAACACAACACAAUGAGAUGAACGAAAAUGAUGAUGGCGACAGAAGAGUCAAAGUUGUCGAUACCCCUGGGUUCUGCAACUCGAAGCUCACCGAGGAACAGCUGACGGAAGAGCUGAAGGCCUCUGUUUCCCAGUGUGCUCCAGGGCCUCAUGCCUUCAUCAUUGUGCUCAGAGUGGGCAAAUACACUGCCCAAGAGAAAGAAAUUGUUUCUCAAGUCGGAAAAAUCUUUGGCAAAGACACUUUCAGUCAUGCUGUAGUCCUGUUCACCCAUGGUGACCAGCUGGCCAAAGAUCAGACCAUUGAGGAGUUUGUCGAUCAGAGUGAGGAUCUGAAGAAGUUGGUUCAAAAGUGUGGAGGCCGCUGCCACGUGAUCGACAACAAACGCUGGAACGAAAAGCACGAGUACAGGAGCAACAGCGUUCAGUUGGAGAAGCUGCUGAACACCGUAGAGGAGAUGGCUAACAACGGAUGCUGCUACACGACUGACAUGGUACAAGCGACCAAAAACGAAGCACAAGCUUUUUCAGUGAGUGUUGUGCUUCUGGGGAAGACGGGAGAUGGAAAGAGCAGCACUGGGAACUCCAUCCUGGGAGACAAGUUCUUCAAAGAGUUUCGUGGGACACAAGCUGGAACACAACAAAAUGAGAUGAACGAAAAUGAUUUUGGUGACAGAAGAGUCAAAGUUGUCGACACCCCUGGGUUCUGCAACUCGAAGCUCACCGAGGAUCAGCUGACAGAAGAGCUGAAGGCCUCUGUUUCCCAGUGUACUCCAGGAGCACAUGCCUUCAUCAUUGUGCUCAGAGUGGGCAAAUACACUGCCCAAGAGAAAGAAAUUGUAUCUCAAGUUGGAAAAAUCUUUGGCAAAGACACUUUCAAUCAUGCGGUAGUCCUGUUCACUUGGGGGGACCAGCUUGAAACGGAUCAGACCAUCGAGAAAUAUGUGGGAAAGAGUGAAGAUCUGAAGAAGCUGGUGGAGAAGUGUGGAGGUCGCUGCCACGUGAUCGACAACAAACGCUGGAAUCAGGAGCACGAGUACAGGAGCAACAGCGUUCAGUUGGAGAAGCUGCUGAACACCAUUGAGGAGAUGGCUAACAACGGAUGCUGCUACACUCCAACGAUGUUGCAAGCUGCCAAAAAAGAGUCACCAGCACUAGAUGAGAUGAGGCUUGUCCUUUUGGGGAAAACUGGAGAUGGAAAGAGCAGUGCUGGGAACACCAUCCUGGGAGACAAGUUCUUCAAAGAGGUUCGUGGGACACAAGCUGGAACACAACAAAAUGAGAUGAACGAAAAAGAUGUUGGUGACAGAAGAGUCAAAGUUGUCGACACCCCUGGGUUCUUCAACUCGAAGCUAACCGAGGAACAGCUGAAGAAAGAGCUGGAGGCCUCUGUUUCCCAGUGUUCUGCAGGAGCACAUGCCUUCAUCAUUGUGCUCAGAGUGGGCAAAUACACUGCGCAAGAGAAAGAUAUUGUAUCUCAAGUCGGAAAAAUCUUUGGCAAAGAGACUUUCAAUCAUGCUGUAGUCCUGUUCACUUGGGGCGACCAGCUUGAAACGGAUCAGACCAUCGAGAAAUAUGUGGGAAAGAGUGAGGAUCUGAAGAAGCUAGUGGAGAAGUGUGGAGGCCGUUACCACGUGAUCGACAACAAACGCUGGAAUCAGGAGCACGAGUACAGGAACAACAGCGUUCAGUUGGAGAAGCUGCUGAACACCAUUGAGGAGAUGGCUAACAACGGAUGCUGCUACACUCCAACGAUGUUGCAAGCUGCCAAAAAAGAGCCACCAGCACUAGAUGAGAUGAGGCUUGUGCUUCUCGGGAAGACGGGGUAUGGCAAGAGCAGUGCUGGGAACACCAUCCUGGGAGACAAGUUUUUCAAAGAGUUUCGUGGGACACAAGCUGGAACACAACAAAAUGAGAUGAACGAAAAAGAUGUUGGUGACAGAAGAGUCAAAGUUGUCGACACCCCUGGGUUCUUCAAUUCGAAGCUAACCAAGGAUCAGCUGAAGAAAGAGCUGGAGGCCUCUGUUUCCGAGUGUGCUCCAGGGCCACAUGCCUUCAUCAUUGUGCUCAGAAUGGACAAAUACACUGCCCAAGAGAAAGAUAUUGUAUCUCAAAUCGGAAAAGUCUUUGGCAAAGAGACUUUCAAUCAUGCUGUAGUCCUGUUCACGUGGGGCGACCAGCUUGAAAAGGAUCAGACCAUCGAGAAAUAUGUGGGAAAGAGUGAGAGUCUGAAGGAGCUGGUGCAAAAGUGCGGAGGCCGCUACCACGUGAUCGACAACAAACGCUGGAAUCAGGAGCACGAGUACAGGAGCAACAGCGUUCAGGUGGAGAAGCUGCUGAACACCGUAGAGGAGAUGGCCGCCCAGGGGAGCUGCUAUACUAUUGACAUGCUUCAGCUGGAGGAGGCGAAAAGAGAUUCCCUGGAUAUAAAUUGCCACACAUGUUUCUCCUUUUUAAUACGCAAAUAGAGUGGCGGCCAUCAAUGCACACAGAGGGUGUUCAAUUAGCUGCCUGUUUGGGAUGGGGAUUGAGAACAGAAAUUAGAACGGUAUUGCAGUAGAAUUAACUUGGAUUUUCUGUUCCCCUUUAUGCAGGCACCCUUUUCUCCAAUAUAACACAGUAGAGCUGACCAUAUAUGUAUGGACAUAUGCAGUACCGUGAAAAAAUCCUGUAAUGUGAGGAUGCUUUCAAAAAUAAUUACAUGAAUAGCUUUUUCUCAAAGCACUGAAUGUAGAAUCAUUUUUAAUUCAAUUCAAUUUUAUUUAUAUAGCCCCAAAACAAUACAAUUGUCUCAAGACGCUUUACAGAGCCCAGUGCCUGGACUGUUAAUGUGUGCAGAUAUUGAAAUGCAAUACAAAAGACAGUUGUAUAAAAUAGAAAGCAAUACUAUUGUGUAUAGUCAACAUCUUUGUUGUGUUAACACAUGUCAUAUUUGUGUGACAAAAAUGGAUCCCUUGUUAUUUCUACUGCAUGUCUUAGUUGAUUGGACAUUUCAGGAAAGUGAUUUGAUAAAUGGGAUUUGAGAAAAUUGAGUUUGAGUGCCAAAUAUAAGCCUGAAUGGAACCCUGUGAUCUAAAUGGAAGCAGAUGGCUUGCAAUGUGUUUAUGCUAAUCAUAGAGAGGAAAUAGAGGCUUUCAAACUGGCAACGAGUGAGGCGUUGGUGUAUGAUGCUAUGCAGCACUGCAGGGAAAGAGGUUUUUACUGUGGAGGGUUUCUGACAAAUCCUUUAAAAUGACACUGGUGCCAUUAAAGGCAGAGAGUGGCAUAAUGUUUCUUUAAUUAUAGCUUCUAGUGCCUUCAGCUUAAAGCAUUAUACAUGGGGAGAUAUGUAUCUGUCUUUGAGUACCCAGUCAAGAAAUUAUACAACCAAAACAUCGAAAUCAUGCAAAUCUGAUGAGUUCAAAUCAUUCUCUAUGCUGUGUGUGAUUAUUGUUGUUGUGUA